ACAGACGCGAGGAGCUGGUUUUAGCGAAGCUUUGGUGUGUCUGUAGCGGUUGCGGGAUCUGCUGCUCUUCUACGAAUAGUUGAUGCUUGGCCUCAGUAGCGACUCCUUUGGACUUGCGACCUCUCUCUCUAUCGAAUUGUGAAAGAACAGGGGAGAGGAAGAAGCGCCACUUGGAGAGGGGGUUAGUCGAUUGAGGGCAAGAUGCCCAAAGUGCGCACUAAUCGGACGGUGUAUCCCGAGGGAUGGGAGCUCAUCGAGCCUACUCUGCGCGAACUGGAAACUAAGAUGCGUGAAGCUGAAAAUGAGACUCAUGAGGGCAAGAGGAAAUGUGAGGCUUUGUGGCCAAUAUUCAAGAUCUCACACCAGAAGAGCCGUUACAUUUAUGAUCUAUUUUACAGACGAAAGGCCAUUUCUAGGGCGUUAUUUGAUUUCUGCUUAGAACAAGGUCACGCAGAUAAGAAUUUGAUUGCCAAAUGGAAGAAAUCUGGUUACGAGCGCUUAUGUUGUUUGCGGUGCAUUCAACCCCGCGACCAUAACUUUGGAACAACAUGCGUAUGCCGGGUACCCAAGCAUCUGCGAGAGGAGAAGGUGAUCGAGUGCGUCCAUUGUGGUUGUCACGGAUGUGCAAGCGGAGACUAAUUAUGUAGACUCUACGCUUGCCUUGACUUCAACUAGUUUUUAAUCAGACAAGGUGGGUUUUUUGUAUAAUUUUAGAUCCCCUCUUGUGGUGAAGCAAAAUUAGUAAGCUUCUAAUACCAGCCGCUUAGGAACUAUCAGAGGUUUUGGGUAUAUCAGAGCCUAAAACGCUGCUGACUGCUUGUGGCAGACUAAUGCAGAGAGAUCUCAAACUGCGAUAAAAUUGUUAAGAAUGUGGCAUGAUGCAUGCUUAUCAGUUGGAUCUGAGUAGUGAAAAAGCUGGUAAGUUGUCAUUUCAUCACAUACGUUCUUCUUUUGCUACCUUUAACCUUGUCAUAAUUUGUUUUCUAUCUAGCAGAAUUAUGGAGUCAAGUGACUUUUAUGAAGUGUACAAGGUCAACUCAUUUAAAUUGUCAUGAUAAGGAGUUAUCACCACUGCAGUGCUCCCUCGGCACUGGUCAAUCCCCUCGUGCUGCUGCACUUUUUUCACUCAACUUUCCGUGCACCAGCAGUGUGACAACGCACUUGCUUUUCUCUUUGUCGAUCAAUUAGCAUGGGUAAGCAUCAAACACUUGAAUCGAAUGGAGAGCUUUGAAGUAGUGGAUUUAAGGCUCCUGAUGUAAAAGCUCCUCCACGCCCGUCCUUCUUGAUGCUGCUUGACGAGUUGGGGCAUUGUAUCACACGGUGGAAACUCAAUUUGAUUCUUUUCUAAAAACUCA